AUGGAGACUAGCUAACAUAACACAAUGGUAACAUCAGAGAAAAAAGAAAGAAAAGAAACAUGAAAAUACCAAAAAGAAAACUAUUUCUUCUAAUAAUUUUUGCAUAUGUGGCAUUUUCCCUCUACGCUGCAUACAAUGUCUUCUUCAGCACUAAAGUAAUCUCUCGCGUUCACAGGGUGGUGAAGAAAGAGACGGGAGCAAUCUCGGGUGGUGUCAGAGAUGGCGGUGCUGCUCCAUUUUUAGCAGAUGACUGGAAUCCGUGGGAGGAUGAACAGGUGGAGUACAACUCUGCUCUGAACAAAAAGAGGGAGGCCUUCAAACAGCAUCUGAGUCGAAUUGACAAGAACAAACCCAAAAGAUACAGGGUCCAGAUCUGGGGGAAAGCUGCCAUAGGGCUCUACCUUUGGGAACAUAUUUUAGAAGGACCCCUCAACCCUACUGACAAGGUAGCACAAUGGAGAGAGGGAGAGCUGCAGUCAGGAAAGAUUGACUUCAGUUUCUACACAGGUCCUGCUGUGGUCCAGGGUCACGUCCCUCUGGAAAUGAACAGCCUGGUUCUGGUUCUGAAUGGCCGCGAGCAGCAGAAGGUCUCUUACUCCACACGGUGGCUGGAGCAUGUCCAAGCUCUGGUACAGUCCCACACGGUGUCACAUGUGGCUGUGGUCCUGCUGGGCAAUGAGCACUGCAACAACAACUGGAUUGGCCCGUACUUAAAGAGAAAUGGUGGCUUUGUGGAGCUGCUCUUUUUAGUGUACGACAGCCCCUGGGUCAACGACAAGGAUGUCUUCCAGUGGCCUCUUGGUGUUGCCACAUACAGGCAGUUUCCUAUGAUCAGGCCUAAUGCGCAACUGAUCACUUCCAACAGGCCAUACCUCUGCAAUUUCCUAGGAACUGUUUACAAAAAUUCCUCCAGAGAAACUCUCAUGCAGGUGCUGAAACAAUCUGGCCUGGAUAAGGAAUGCAUCACCACUGCCAGGGAGAAGUGGCUCCCUCAGGAGACAGCAGACAGUCUGAGACGCUAUCAGGCUGCUUUGGCCCAGAGCGAGCUCACUCUCUGCCCAGUCGGGAUCAACACAGAGUGCUACCGCAUCUACGAGGCCUGCUCUUAUGGCUCAGUGCCAGUGGUGGAAGAUGUACUGACGCCUGGGACCUGUGCGGCCGGGCCCAGCUCUCCACUACGGCUGCUCAAAGCUGCAGGAGCACCCUUCAUCUUCAUCAGUGACUGGAAAGAACUGCCUGCCAUCUUGGAGAGGGAGAGAGGGAUGAGCCAGGAGCAGAGGGUGGAUAGGAGGAGGAGGCUGUUGGAGUGGUACGCCAGCUUUCGUCAGCAGAUGAAGGAGAGGUUCACUGAGGUCAUCGAGGAGUCUUUCUUCAAAAGCAGCUGACUGCGGUGCUAAAUUCACAAACCAUUAAGGAUACACAGGGGUAGACAUUCAGUAUUGAUUAAAUUUAUUUGGUGGUUUGUAGAGAAAUGUGACAUACUACUGGUGUAGUGUUCCUGAUUAUGUUCAGUGUAAUGUUCCUUUGCGGGUUAAAUCAUUUAUGUAUGUAGUAAAGUUGUAAAGCUGCCAUUACUAGUCAGUAAAGGGCCCAUGACAUUACUGUAUAUGUAUCCUCUAAAUGUUUACAGUGGUGAAUGUCCAAAUGAUAAACUGCCUUUGCAUUUAAAAGCAUUUAUGUUAAUUUAACUGUGUUUUAUAUCUCUGUUUGUAUGCACUUAAUAUUGUGAUUUUUUAGAACACUAAACAUUAGGUGUAGAAUGAGACCAUGUGUUUUUAGGUUCUGUUUGAAAAUGGUACAUUGAGCUAUUUUAUAUUGUGAGCAACUUGAAAAUGGAUGUUGUUGCUGUGGCAUGUGUUGCUUUUUUUUUCAUCAAAACAUUACAAAAACAUUUCUUCUUUGUUAUAUUUAUUUCAGUACAGUGCUGCAUGGAUGUUUUUUUAAGAAAGUGCAAUCAAAUAAAUUGGAGUGUUGUCCUGAAGAGAAA